AUGGCUCUAAAGCGCAUUCAGCGAGAACUCGGAGACCUAACCAAGAAUCCACCUCCAGGCAUUAGCGCUGGUCCUGUCAACGAUGACUUGUUUAAGUGGGAAGGCUCAAUAGCAGGUCCAGUUGACAGCCCUUACAAGGGGGGUACGUUCAAGCUUGAUAUAAAUUUCACUGCGGAUUACCCAUUUAAACCGCCCACUGUCAAGUUUAUCACAAAGGUCUAUCAUCCCAACAUCGAUGACGACGGCUCAAUCUGCGUUGAUUUGCUUAAAGCGGAUGUAUGGAAGCCAGCCACACGCGUUUCGCAGGUUCUCCAAGCAAUUUCCAUGCUGUUGGAGCAUCCCAAUCCGGAUGAUGCAUUGGUGGGCUCCAUUGCCGAAGUUUACAAUACCAAUCGUGCCAAGUACAAUAAAACGGCAAAGGACUACACGAAAAAGCACGCCAUGGCAUAA